UGUUACAGUCGCCACUACGUCCAACCAUCAGAAGGUUGGAAUUUCUCAAAAUAUCUACUCAUUGCUCUUUAUUGGCUCGUGACUCAACCUUAGCCUUAGGUGCUUAGUAUUCGCUUAUUAAGUAAUCGAAAAAAAAAACAACAGAAAAACACAAAAACGCCAUAAACGAGAAUCAAUCAAAAUGCGGGUAAAUAUGAUUGCCGUGAAGUAUCUGUGAUGACAAUUGUCUGCGGGAGUGUUCAUGUUGCAUGUUGACGAAACUCGAUAGGAGACGGAAGAAUGUCGCAAUUACUUAAAUUAACAAAGAAGUCGUGUCUGAAGAUUUUUCGCAAAAUUGCACCUCUCAAGCCGACAUCUGCGCAGAAACUUGAAGAGGAAGACGAAAUCUCCAAUGAUCAGCACGGCGUGACAUCGUCUUAUGAAGAAGCGUCAGCUUCAAUACCACAAAACCCGUUAGAAAACGAACUUUAUACUAAAUCACAUAACCUCAAUGAAAUCAAAACCGUCCAAGAUUGCGAAACGUCAUCAGCCUAUGAGGCUGAGGUGGAAAACUCUAGUCCGACCGACCUUGAAAAUACAAAGAUAUUCCAGUGCCUGACGUCGCGACUAUUUUCAGUUUCCGACGGCUACGAGUUUCAACGAUUACAGCAACUGCGCAGCGACACUGUCUCCGAGAUAGUGGCGUACGAGCCGGAAUUUGCAACAAGCGAGAUUGUAUUCGAAAAAGUCAAGUACAAUAAGCACGUGCGCUAUUUCCGGCGCACUCCGUCCUGCUUGAGCUUAGAUGACGUUGAUGACCGCGUGUACAAUGAGAGCAUACGCUGCGCUGAUCCAUUGGCUGAACUGCCCAAACGAGCUCACAGUGCCGCCGCAGCACGUCAAUUGUGCUACAAUGACAGCAGCAACCACCAACCCUCAACCGUCCAAUCUAUUCCACAGAAUAUACCCGUAUAUGUGCCUAUGAAUGUAAUGAGCUUAGAAAUCAAGAAUCCUGGAAAAUUCGAGAGCGUUGUAAUUGCGGAGCAGCGCGACCGCUUUGACAAAAUGAUGCCUAUUGUGAAAUGGGACAUAAAUGGCAAUUCGCUGGACGACGAUUUUUACGUAGGUGGCAGUUGGAAUGAGUCUAUGGACUUGAAUUGGAAUGGUUCGGUCGAAAAACCGAUUUCCCAAUUUAAAUUAGAUAUUGAGUCGCAAAAGUCCAGCUUUCGCUCCAGUUCGACGACGCUGGAAACGUGGUUGGAGGAAGAUUUGUUGGGGAGUUCUCUCAAUGAGCGACGCCAAUUUGCGGCCAAUCUAUUUCGGCCCAAGGUGUAAAAUGAAGCACAAGGCCGCAGGCUAACAUUUUGUGAAUUCAGUGUACUAAUACAAGUAUUUCAUAUUAUUUUAUUUGCUAUAAAAAAAGCAAUUAUAUCUACCUGCAUAAAUACGGACUUGGUAUUCGUAAAGCUUAUAUUUACAUUAAAACUUUGUACCUACAAAUGCGAGUAUGUCUAAGGAGGAAAUUGUGUCUUAAAUUAAGCAAUAAUAUUGUAAUGAUUAUUUCGAAUAUAUUUUUCAUCUAUAAGCGCUCGUUAGUUUAUACAAAUAAAAUGCGACAGUUAUGCGUUCUAAUUAUGUAUAUGCACACACACACACGUAAACCAACUCAUAUAUGGAUUUGUACAAGGAAAUUUACCAUUUCCCUGGCCAGCGAAUUACGGCCGAUGCUUUCAGCUGAAGAACUUUAACUCUUUAAUUGCUGAAAGAAACUAAAUUAGUUGCCUUAAAAUAGAAAAAAAAUAUAUUUGUUUUUAGUAAUGCAUUGAUUCUCAAUUUAUGAAAUAUUAUAUAAUAAAUUUAAUAUUUUGUCUGUUCACCUUUAUUAACCCUGACAUCUUCAAUUCUUGUUGUUAUAUAUUUGAUGCAAUUUACCGUCAUAUUCUUAAGCUGAGCUUCAUUAGGUCUUUUAAUGUAAAAGUUCCCCAGUAACUUUCAAGUAAUUUAAGGGGGAACACCACUGUGAAAAUUCAAAAAAUCGAUUUUUUUUGCAUAAAUUGUUAGUACUCAAGAAAAUUUGGUACAAAUUUUAAAGCGAAAUUCGCUUUAUUCCCGAUUCCAUGUGCACUUAUGUAAGUGAGCGCCCGUCGGUUCGGCCCUGUAGCGCUUACGAUACGAUGCUUUAUUUCAAACGCGUUUUUCUCGAAACGAUUUUUUUGAUACGGUGGCAACGAUUUCUCGAAGACUAAUGAACCGAUUUUGAAUUUCUUUUUUUCAAAAUGUUUGUUAUCGCAUUGGCUAUCGCUGUGCGUAGCCGAUUUUUAAAAUUUUGAAAAUAACAAUUUUUUUGGGCCUGUUGAAAAUCAAAAAAAUGGUAAAAAACACACAUCGAAAUUCAAAUCACCACCAUUUUGCCAAAAAACCAAAAGAAAAAAAACCCGGCUACGUACAACGAUAGCCACUAUUGUGUAGAUGAAUAAAAUUUUUGGUUUUUUGAUUUCAGAUGAUUAUUCAUUGGUGUAUCGCUGCCACAAAAUGACGUAAUUUUUUUUAACUCGUUACGUUUAUUUACAGAAAUUUGUCAAUUUUCAAUAUUUUUUAAUAAAAAUUUACAUCAAU